AUGACUACGCAAAAUUUCGACCCCAACAGGGCACAGAAUCUGCCAGAGAUCGAAAAGCAGAUGGCAGUCAAGUGCGUGGAGCACGCUCAGAUCUACUGGAACUUGCUGGAGAAGAUGGAGCCAAAGUCUUUGAGGCUGACCAAGUUGGACGACGAAAUCUAUGCUCACCUAGAAGAGGCUUUCCCUGAUCUUAAGGAGGGAGGAUCAGGCAGCGUUGCGAAGCUCGACGAGGAACUUAUGAAGAGCCCUUCUGGCAAAGAAAGGUGGAGAGAAUUCAUCAACAAGUAUGAGAACAAGGGUGAGUGUCGAAAGACAGGGCUCCAUUUGCCUGCGGCAAGCUCUGCUGCUCGCAUCAUCUUGAUGCCCCGAGCUGGACUGGCGGCGCACGAGAGCCAUCACGCUCGUCCCUCUGGUCUUAAAACGCCGUGCCCGGACAGAUCGGCGUGGGUCGCGUGGCAAUAGGGUGUAUGCGAUGUCCAAAGGAAUGCAUCUCUUCCAGCUUGCUUACGAGCGCUCUGUAUGGAGCAAAUGACAGCGUUCGAGCUGUCGUCUUUUCAACCUCAGCUCUACUGACCAUGCUACGCCCCGCUCCUUCGCAGUUGCGGAUUACAACUUCGGGACUUUGAUUCGCACCGACGCCGCUGAGGAAUACACACAGUACAACACAACUUUUGGUGAGUUUCUCGCUCCAAUGAGGCUCGGGUGCCACACAGGCAAAGGAAUCGGUCAGCAGCGGCCGAUCCUCGACCCUGGUGAUCGAGCUCACGCUUCGAAAGCUACAUGCCCCUUCUCUCCCAGUCACGCGCAUGCAAUUCUACGCCUACGAGAUCGCACGAAACAGGCGAGGCCUCAAUGACUGGGUGUGAGUAUUGUGCAUAUUUGUAAAACAUCAGCAAGAGGGUUCAGAAGCUGAGUCGUUCCAUGUCUAUGUGUCUGGAUGCAUUCGUAGACGAACAAAGGCUAUCGAGGAAGCGGAGGCCGAGAAAGCCGUGAGUUCUGUAUGCUGCACCGCGACCGAUCAAUGCCAGAUCCCAGCGUUGAAAUUGGUUCCGCUUGAUGCAGAAGAAGGGCAAGAAGUGA